GAAACAUGAGCAUGUUUAAGAGAGCAAGUUCAUUGACUAAGAAGCUGCGCCAGUGUAAACAAGGAUGGAGCACAAAGAACAAACAGUCUCUCCUGCAUUCUGGAUUUAUGAGGAUUUAUAUACUGAGACCCUUCACAGGCACCAUAGCAGGUUCUGCCUGGCUCUUGCGCUGGCUGCUCUCCCCAUAGUGACUGCGAAUGAAGAGGUACCUGCUGUCCACCAGGACUCCUGGGGAGACUUCUGGCUGUUUCGCUUUUUGGUCAAUGCCGCAGGCUAUGCAAGUAUUGUGGUGCCAGGCUUCUUGCUUAUACAAUACUUUAAGAGGAAAAAUUACCUUGAAACAGGUCGUGGUAUUUGCUUUCCAGUUAUCAAAUCAUGUGUCUUUGGCAACGAGGCCAAAUCUGUACACCAGGACGAUACCUUGCUAGCAGCUCGGAACGAGACUGUCGAGUCCUCCACAGCCCGGCAGUUCUUUAAGCUGCUGUUUUGUGCAACUGGCCUACAGAUCUCCUACCUGACAUGGGGCGUCCUCCAGGAGAGGGUGAUGACCCGAACGUACGGCGCAACCGAGUCUGACCCUGGCGAGAAGUUCAAGGAUUCUCAGUUCCUGGUCUUCAUGAACCGGAUCCUAGCGUGCACCGUGGCUGGCCUCUACUGCGCCCUGAUCAAGCAGCCCCGUCACGGCGCUCCCAUGUACAAGUAUUCCUUUGCCUCCCUCUCCAACAUCCUCAGCAGCUGGUGCCAGUAUGAGGCCCUCAAGUACAUCAGCUUCCCCACGCAGGUGCUGGCCAAAGCCUCCAAGGUGAUUCCGGUCAUGCUGAUGGGCAAGCUGGUGUCCCGCAAGAGCUAUGAGUACUGGGAGUACCUGACAGCAGCCCUCAUCUCGGUCGGAGUCAGCAUGUUCCUGCUCUCCAGCUCCCACGACAAGCACCUCUCCACAGUCACCACCUUCUCCGGCGUGGUCCUCCUGGCUGGCUACAUUGUCUUUGACAGCUUCACGUCCAACUGGCAGGACGCCCUCUUCACCUACAAGAUGUCCUCGGUGCAGAUGAUGUUUGGCGUCAACGUCUUCUCGUGCCUCUUCACGGUGGGCUCGCUGCUGGAGCAGGGCGCCCUGCUGGAGUCGGUGCGCUUCAUGGCCCGCCACUCGGAGUUUGCCGCCCACGCCGUGCUGCUGUCGGUCUGCUCGGCCUUCGGGCAGCUCUUCAUCUUCUACACCAUCAACCAGUUUGGAGCCGCCGUCUUCACCAUCAUCAUGACUUUGCGGCAAGCCUUUGCCAUCCUCCUGUCGUGUCUCAUCUACGGCCACGCUGUCACCGUGGUGGGCGGGCUGGGAGUGGCGGUGGUCUUCACGGCGCUCUUUCUCCGCGUCUAUGCCCGCAGCCGCAUGAAGAAGCGGGCAAAGAAAGUGCCCGUCGAGGGCACCGUGCAGAAGGUUUAGGGGCCACCAGGCAAGCGACACGCCCUGAGCUCCUCCCCGCCCCCAAGCACUUGCUGAAUCUCUCGUUUCACGAACCCAGCAAAGAGCUGGUCGAUUUGGGAAACGUCAAUUCCCAUCCUCUACACCUCCCACCCCAGCUGAUUCUUAAACACUGCUGGGAUUGGCUUGGAGGAAGCAAGGGGCAGCUUCCUCCUGUCCUAAUGUCUGAGUAUUUUAAGUCUGCUGAGGCUUUCUGCUGAAGGAGACUUGGAAGGGGCUCUUGAGACUCCUUUCCAAGAUAAGGGUACAGGUGUCCCUAAUGCCUGCCCUGACUGACAGCUUGUGGGGGAGAGAAGGCUAAUUUAUGAUCAAGUCAAAUUGGAGCUUCUUUUUGUUUUGCUACGGUUUGCCUUCUGCUCACCACCCUGGAGCUGCGUAGAAGGGAAUAGCAAGGCCAAGACUUUUACAGUUUCCAUUAAAAAGAAAGAAAAGAGAACUACACCCUCAAAACUUCAUGGUUGGAAUGGAAAGCUGGCAGCUUCGACAGAAAACCAGUCCCGACUGUGGAGGUUUUGAACUUGCCCUGCUGGGCAACGGCCUCUCUUAAAUCGCAGCCCUUUGGCUUUCUGGCUCAGUAUACCCACCUGUACUUUUGCCCCACUGUCGGACCUUUCAGACGGUGCCCCCUUUGCCAGCGUCAUUUGGGUUUUUGCUUUUUGCUUAGUUUUUCUUUGACCAUCCCCUCCUCUCACUGCCAUGAACUACAGUCCCAGAACCCCUCGAGGCCACUCUUGGGGUGCUUUCUUUGGGUGUACUGUUGCUGCAAACUUAGAAAAGCACAAAUAUUGCCUUUUUGAAACACCUCUCUUCGGAACCAAGUUUCUUUGCUGCUCUAGGCAAGGUGGUGAGGGAGAGGGUAUCCUCAUAGUAAAAGAAUGUGCACCCCAGUCCUUUUCUCCACCCCACCCCCCACUCCCCAGUGAUCUUUGCAAAGGUUGGUGGGAAAGACAUGGUUCAAGCUGAGAGCCAGCCAUACGGAAGCAGCCUGAGUCUGGGCUCGUGUGCUGCUUCCAGCAGGGCUGAGCUCUGGGCUCUGACCCUCUUGGGCCUUGCAGUCUUUUGUGCCAUGUUCCCAUUUUAUUACGUGGCACGUAGGCCAUUCUGGAAGCUGCAAGAUGUGGUGGGGGCACUGAACUGCACUGUAUUGUCUAGCUUGCUGUGCCAUUUUCAUUUUUGAGCCAGGAGAUAACAAUUCUGAGAUGUACGGUGCAGGAUAGUUUGGUGCCCAGAGGCUGGAUCUUUUUACCCUUUUCUCCACAUGCUCUCAAAACUGGGUGCAGGACUGGAGUUGUUGGCUCUGCCCUAAAAGUCUCGAGUUUUACCCAUUAACCCUUUUGUUGCCAAGCUGACAUUGGGCAGGGGAAACAUUUUUUGGUACUCGACACACAACUGUUUUAUUUUAUUAAAUUUAAACUAUGCUGCAAAUAAGUGGCCAGGACAUGUUUUAUAGCCUUUAAAGUGUGUCCAGGAGAGAUAAUCUAAAGGAGUUGCUGCUCCCUUGUGGGCCACCCCCCCCUCCAGGUGCUGUUGGGGUGAAAACAAACGUCUCAAAUCUCAUCCAGUUGAUUUAUCCAGUAUGGUUUAAUCACAUUAGCAAGUGGGUCGCUUUACAUCUGAUGUGCCAAAUAUGGAUCUAAGUGGCAAAAAUUGGGAGUUCCAUUACAUUAAGCAGAAAGA